AAAAACAGCAAGUAGCAACUUCAAGAUAUCAUCUGAAGAUGGCCGAGCAUCAAGGAGUUACGAUUCCGCGAGUGAAACUUGGAACUCAGGGUCUUGAGGUUUCGAAGUUGGGUUAUGGAUGCAUGGGACUCACAGGUAUUUACAAUGAUCCCGUCUCGGAGGAAGCUGGCAUAUCGAUCAUCACUGAUGCCUUCACCAAGGGGAUAACAUUCUUUGACACGUCGGAUAUAUAUGGCCCCAAAAUCAAUGAGAUUCUUGUUGGAAAGGCAUUGAAAAAGUUGCCGCGGGAGGAGGUGCAGCUAGCCACCAAAUUCGGUGUGAAUUUCGAAGAGGGCAAUAUGGUGAUCAAGGGGACGCCUGAAUACGUCCGCUCAUGUUGUGAGUCAAGCCUCGAGCGCCUUGGCAUCGAGUACAUUGACCUCUAUUAUGUGCAUUGGAUUGACACAACUGUCCCAAUAGAGGAAACUAUGGGAGAGCUGAAGAAGUUGGUGGGAGAGGGAAAAGUCAAGUACAUUGGCUUGUCGGAGGCUAGCCCUGACACCAUACGGAGAGCGCAUGCGGUUCAUCCCAUCACGGCCAUACAGAUGGAGUGGUCGCUUUGGACUCGCGAAAUCGAGCAAGAAAUACUCCCGCUCUGCAGGGAGCUCGGAAUCGGCAUUGUUCCAUAUUGCCCUCUUGGUAGUGGGUUCUUCGGUGGUAGGGGAGUCACAGAAGCCUUGCCUGCUAAUAGUCUUCUGGGGCAAACUCCUAGGUUUCAAGCAGGGAAUUUGGACAAAAAUAAGAUUCUUUACGCUCGAAUGGAGAAGUUAGCAAAAAAGCACAGUUGCAGCCCUGUACAGCUUGCACUCGCGUGGGUUCUCCAUCAAGGACAUGAUGUUGUGCCCAUCCCUGGAACGACGAAAAUUAAGAAUCUCGAUAAUAACAUUGUUUCCCUUAGAGUGAAGCUUACGGAGGAAGACAUGAAAGAGAUCUCGGAUGCUAUACCGAUUGAUGACGUUGCCGGUGACAGGAUUGAUGAGUACAGUGUCCGCUUCUUAUGGAAGCACGCAAACACGCCCCUGAGAGAUGGGAAGCCGUCAGCUUAUUAGACUUCGUUCGAGUGUGUUGAUGAAGCUUCGUUCAGCUCUCUGCUUUCUUUUACUCCUUGUAACUGCAGUCAGAAAAUAAAACUCAGAAUAGCUUAAAUUAGAAUAAAACCAAACCAGGCAAGUCUAAGUUAUUGGCUUCUUUUGUGCUGCUCAUGAAACAUUUGGUUGCUGGUUAUUCUUCUCUAAUACAAGAAGGUGCCAAAAAAUCAAUAUGUCAAGGGUAAAUUUUCAUUUUACUGAACAGAAUGAAAUUAAAACCGCCUUGACAAAGUUGCGGAUUCUGUCUCUUUGUGUGGCGUAACAACUUGAUAUGCAUGCUUCCUGCGGCCUUUUCUAACUUGAGAAGGACAAGUUUGUUGGACGAUGGCACGAGCCCUGCACGUGCUUGCACCAGAAAAAUACAUACCACACUUGAUAAGUAGUAGCUGAGUGGAAUUACCAUUUCCACUAUGUGGUCAUGUUAUACCUGUUUCGUUUCUUCA